CAUUUCACUCAUUUUUUUUCAAUUUUUAAUUUUUUUUUUUUUUUUUGGCCAAAAUGUCCUUCCGCUGCGGAACAGGCUCCUGCCCCGACGAGCGCUUUGCCAACCCGAAGGAGCUGCUCGACCACUACACCGCACAGCAGCACAUGCACGUUGCCUGCCGCUGUGGCGAGCGCUUUGUGGGCUCGUCAGCGACUGCCUCUGCCGCGCUCAAGGCUCACCACGAGGCCAACGAAGAACACAAGCCUCAGAAGGGCGAGAAGGCGCAGAGUUGCACGAUUUGCCUCCAUGUCUACUACCUUCGAUCCGACCUCGACAAGCAUCUCAAGGAGAGCGGGCAUGAUGUCCUGAUGACCGAGAUGUUUGCCGCAAACAACAAGGCCCCGAAGGAGCAAAAGCCCAAGGGCAAGGGCAAGAAUGCCGACAAGGCUGCUGCGGACGGCGCUUCGUCCAGCACGGCGGCGGCUGCCCCUGUUGCUGCUGCUGCUGCUGCUGCUGCUGUUCCGGUCGCUGUUGCGGCUGUUGCUUCGGCUGCAGCAAGCUCAAGCGAUGCCCCUGCUGCCGCUGGCGCCGCCACCACGGAGAAUGCCGGCGAGCAGGUGGUUACUCCUUGGGAAGUCAAUGCCGCUGGUGGUGUUGACUACCAAAAGCUGAUCACCGAGUUCGGUAGCGAUGCGAUUGACGCCAACCUGUUGGCCAAGAUUGAGCGCGUGACAAAGCGCCCGCUGCACUCGUUCCUCAAGCGUGGCAUCUUCUUCUCACAUCGUGACCUCCAUGGCGUCCUUGAUCGCUACGAGAAAGGAGAGCGAUUCUACUUGUACACUGGCCGUGGACCUUCCUCGGACUCGAUGCAUGUCGGCCAUCUCAUUCCGUUCCUGAUGACCAAAGCGAUGCAAGACAUGUUUGGCGUUCCGCUCGUCAUUCAAAUGACCGACGACGAAAAGUUCCUGUGGAAGAACAUGACGCUCGAGGACGGAUACCGCUUCACUCGUGAAAACGCCAAGGAUAUUAUUGCAUGCGGCUUUGAUAUCAAGAAGACGUUCAUCUUUUCCAACCUCAAGUUUAUGGGCGGCGCCUUCUAUGAGAACAUUCUUCGCAUUCAAAAGCUCGUUUCCGAGCACACUGUCAAGAAGAUGUUUGGCUUUUCAGAGUCCGACAACAUUGGCAAGUUCGGCUUCCCGGCAAACCAGGCCUCGCCCGCCUUCUCGAACACCUUCCCGUUCAUUUUUGGAGCCAAAUCGACUGUGGAUUGCUUGAUCCCCUGCGCCAUUGACCAAGAUCCUUAUUUCCGCAUGACUCGUGAUGUUGCUCCGCGCCUUGGCUACAAGAAGCCAGCGCUUGUGCACUCCAAAUUCUUCCCUGCACUUCAGGGAAGCCAGUCCAAGAUGAGUGCAAGCGAUUUGACCACGAGCAUCUUCCUGACCGACACUCCCGAGCAGAUCAAGUCAAAGAUCAACAAGUACGCAUUUUCUGGCGGCCAGGUCACUCGCGAGGAACAGGAGCGUCUUGGUGCCAACUGCGACAUUGACGUCUCCUACCAGUACCUCAGCUUCUUCCUGGAUGACGACGAAGAGCUCGAGCGUAUUCGUGUGGCUUACUCGUCCGGCAAGAUGCAAACGGGUGAAAUCAAGAAGCGCGUCAUUGAGGUCCUUCAAAAGCUUGUUGCGAAGCACCAGGAAGCCCGCAAGCUUGUGACUGAGGAGAUGGUUGACGAGUUCAUGCGCGAGCGCCCUCUUGAGCUUUGAGCGGUUGUCGCUGUGCUUGGCUCGUGCUGGUCCCUUCAAAGAGAUUAUUAGAAUCCGUCCUAUCGACUCUUUUUGUUUCCAUUGAUUUCAUUGCCAUUUCCACUGGCCAUUGAGUGUACAAAGGAGAUUUUUGUAAGGGUUUGAAUGGCAAGGCAAAAUUCGAUUUUUACAACAAGACAACGGUUAAACCCGG